AAACGCGAGGUGCCUCCCACCCUCCACUCUCGCCUUCUCAGUGUAAGAGAAGAAGAGAGUUUACAGCUGUCACACGCCGUAACAGAAAAUGGCAACGGCGAAACCGAAACGUAACUUCCCUCCGAUAACAGAAUGCAACGGAACUGCUUCGUCGGCGCGUGAGUCCGUCGCCGCCGACCUCGACGGCACGCUUCUCAUCUCCCGGAGCUCGUUCCCGUACUUCAUGCUCGUCGCCGUCGAAGCCGGAAGCCUCUUCCGUGGCCUCAUCCUCCUCCUCUCCCUCCCCUUCGUCAUCGUCUCCUAUCUCUUCAUCUCGGAAGCCAUCGGAAUCCAGAUCCUCAUCUUCAUCUCCUUCGCCGGACUCAAAAUCCGCGACAUCGAGCUCGUCUCACGCGCCGUUCUUCCCAGGUUUUAUGCGGCGGAUGUGAGGAGGGAGAGCUUUGAGUUGUUUGAUCGGUGCAAGAGGAAGGUGGUGGUGACGGCGAACCCGACGGUGAUGGUGGAUGCGUUUGUGAAGGACUUUCUCGGCGGGGAUAAGGUGUUGGGAACUGAGAUUGAGGUGGAUCCGAAGACGAAGAAAGCUACUGGGUUCGUGAAGAAGCCUGGUGUGCUGGUGGGAGAUCAGAAGCGUUUGGCGAUUUUGAAAGAGUUCGGUGAGGAAUCGCCUGAUAUUGGACUUGGAGAUCGUAAAACUGAUCACGAUUUCAUGUCUAUUUGCAAGGAAGGGUAUAUGGUGCCACCAAGCAAAUCAGCAAAACCAGUCCCACAAGACCGGCUGAAGAGCAGGCUCAUCUUCCACGACGGCCGCUUCGUGCAGCGACCAGACCCACUCAACGCCCUCAUCACCUUCACAUGGCUCCCCUUCGGCUUCAUCCUCUCCAUCAUCAGAGUCUACUUCAACCUCCCUCUCCCUGAACGCAUUGUCCGCUACACCUACGAAAUGCUGGGCAUCAAGCUCGUCAUCCGCGGCCACCGCCCUCCACCACCAUCCCCAGGAACCCCCGGCAACCUCUACGUCUGCAACCACCGCACCGCCCUCGACCCCAUCAUCAUCGCCAUCGCCCUCGGCCGUAAAGUCUCAUGUGUCACCUACAGUGUCAGCAAGCUCUCCCGCUUCCUCUCCCCCAUCCCGGCGGUCGCGCUCACCCGCGACCGCGCCGCCGACGCCGCCCGUAUCAAGGAGCUUCUCCAAAAGGGUGACCUCGUGGUGUGCCCUGAGGGCACCACGUGCCGUGAGCCUUUCUUGCUGAGGUUCAGUGCUUUGUUUGCAGAGCUCAGUGACCGGAUUGUCCCCGUCGCCGUUGACUGUAAGCAGAGCAUGUUCUACGGGACCACCGUGCGUGGUGUCAAGUUCUGGGACCCUUACUUCUUCUUCAUGAAUCCUAGGCCGGUUUAUGAGGCUACCUUCCUUGACCGGUUGCCGGAGGAGAUGUCGUGUAAGGCCGGAGGGAAGUCGUCGAUUGAGGUGGCGAAUCAUGUCCAGAAGGUGUUGGGGGAUGUUCUUGGGUUUGAAUGCACUGGCUUGACCAGGAAAGAUAAGUAUUUGUUGCUGGGAGGGAAUGAUGGGAAGGUGGAGUCCAUGUAUAGUGGCAAGAAGCAGUGAAAGGUAAUAAUAUAAGCUCUGCUUUUGGAAGAAUUGAGUAAUAUUGUUGGUUUGAUUGUUUCAGCGUUUAUUGAUCAUAAGGAAAAUGUUAGCUAGCAAAUAGCAAUGUGUAUUUUUUUGGUGAACCCCUUUCAGAUGGGGUUUUGUUAUGGAUUUGUAAUGAUUUAAAGAAUUUAGAAUAUGUUUUUGAAGAUCACUUUCUAUAUAUGUGACUUUAAUUUUGUGGGGGGAGGGGGGCUACACUCAUCCAUUCAAUGUCAUUGAUUUUUUGUUCAA